AUGUCUUCGUACGUGGUGGAUCUGAUGUGGCAGCUCACCAAUUGCUUCAACUGCUUCCCGAGCAAUCCCGCCCUCAAGAUCAAUGGCCGCUCAUACAAGAUCCUUCGUCUCCUGGGAGAGGGUGGUUUCUCCUACGUCUACCUCGUCCAAUCACCACCGUCGCCGAAUCUAUACGCCUUGAAGAAGAUCCGGUGUCCAUUUGGAGCAGAGUCGGUGGCCCUGGCUCUCAAAGAGGUCGAAGCAUACAGCUUGUUCCAGCCGCAUCCCAACAUCAUCCACGCUCUCGACCAUGCCGUCAUCCCGGAUCGCAGCGACCCCUCAGCAAAGACUGUCUAUAUCCUUCUUCCAUACUACCGUCGCGGUAACCUGCAGGAUGCUAUCAAUGCCAACCUCGUCAAUGGCGCAAAGUUCCCUGAGCGCAGGUUGAUGGUCCUGUUCCGUGGUGUCUGCGUCGCACUACAAGCUAUGCACAACUACAAGGUUGGAGGCGCUCCAGGUGGUAAAGGCGCACAAGCAAGGGCAAAGCGGGUACGAGCCGAUGCUGCAAGAGCCGACAGGGGAGAGGACCAUGGCGACGAUGAUGAGGAGCUAGGAGAUGCCGAGCCACUGAUGGAGGGCGAGAUCUCUAUGGCACAAGAGGGCAUGUCCGACGGUCAAACCAGAGCAUAUGCACAUCGCGACAUCAAGCCUGGCAACAUCAUGAUUUCAGACGACGGCCAGUCACCCAUUCUCAUGGAUCUCGGCUCAUUAGCCCCUUCGCCCACUCCCAUCACAUCACGCGCUCUUGCACUACAAGUCCAAGAUACAGCUGCCGAACACAGUACCAUGCCAUACCGCGCUCCCGAACUCUUCGACGUCAAGACCGACUCUGUCAUCGACACCAAGGUCGACAUCUGGAGUUUGGGAUGUACACUAUAUGCCUGUCUAGUUGGCAAAUCGCCAUUCGAAGCCCGCAGCGAAGAAACUGGUGGAAGUCUGAGUCUCUGUGUUUUGGGCGGUGAUUGGAGAUUCCCCGAUGAGCACAACGCACAAGCAAACAAGAGCAGAGGAAAGCAAAAGAUGCCCACGAAUUCAGAUGCUCGAGCACAAGACGCUCCUAUCACUGAGAUGAUCAAGGAUGUGGUUAGGAGGUGUUUGAGAGUUGAGCCGUCGGAGAGACCAGAUGUGAAUGAGUUGCUCGCCAUGGUCGAUGAUGUUAUUGCAGCUCUGCCAGAAGAUGGAGACCCGUUGGAAGAUUAG